GUGGGGCGGCAUGGAGGAGCGGCGGUACCGCUCGGCCUCCGGGGCGCCCAUCGCGCUGCGGCGCCGCCAGCACAGCGCCUCCUGCCGGGAGCUGGCGGUGCGCUGCCCCCGCCUGCAGCUCCGCUCGCUCAGCGCCGUCACCUCCGCCGUCUGGCUGGCGGCCUACGGGCUCUUCGUGCUCAGCGAGAAUAGUAUGGUGCUUUCUGCUGCUAUUUUCAUCACGCUGGUUGGCCUGAUCAUAUACUUGCACUUCGUGAAAAUUGACCAGGAAUCCCUAUUGGUCAUCGGCUCACUCGGCAUUCAGGUGACUUCAUCCUAUGCUUCGGGGAAGGAGAGCACAACCUUCAUUGAGAUGGGUCGGGUGAAGGAUGUGGUUAUCAAUGAAGCCAUCCACAUGCAAAAAGUUAUCUACUACCUGUGCAUCCUCCUCCAGGACCCUGCAGAUCCUCAGGGAGUAUCUGAGGUUGUGCCGCUCUUUCAGAGCUCCAAGCCACGUCUGGACUGCUUGAUAGAAGUGUACAAAAGUUGUCAAGAAAUCCUGGAGCAGAGGAAGACAGCUCCACAAUCAAGUGGUAUAAAAUAGUAAAAAAAAAAAAAAUAAUCAAGGCAGCAAACUUGCAGCAGGACUCGGAGAGACACAUGGAAAAGCAAGCAAACCUGCCCCAUGGCUUUUUUUAAUUAGAUGAGUAGAAAGUGGUGCAGCAGUACAGUGAUGUUAGGGCUAAAGGCUCGCAGAGACUUACAGAGUUGUUACAGAAAAUGUCAGCUCAAGCACACAAGUGAACCUUGAAAUCCCCUGCUACGAAGAUGGUGAGCAGAACUUUUUAGAUUCAGACAGAAAAGGUUUUUCCUUGCCUUUCCAGAAAAGAAUUAGAAAAUAGAAGGGAAAUAAGAGCAAAGGGAGGCAAGAACAUGCAUCAAAAAUUUACUCUUUUGUGGAUCUGAAAAUUCUGAUAAACUUACAAUGUAAUCCUGGCCAGACUGCCAAAAAUGUGCACUUUUGUUUCUAUUUAACCCUUUGUUUGAAAAAAGCAUUUACCACUCUAAAUACCAAAGUGGUAUUUAGCAUUUACCACUCUAAAUACCAAAGUGAUGGGUGGGCUGGGAUGGAAACUUCCUAAUCCACAGGAGAAAUUCAGAAAGAAAAUAACAGAAAAUUGCAUUCAAUUAUGUUUAAUGAAAUAACCAUAGGAGAGCAGACCUUGGCCUCUUCAGGGAUCUGCUUGAAAUAGUCCCAUUGAAUGGGACCCUGGAGGGGUCCAAGAAAUCUGAUUGCUCUUCAAGGAUCAUCUCCAAGCUCAAGAACAAUCCAUCCCAAUGAGCCGGAAGUCAAGCAAAAAUGCUGGGAAGCCUGCGUGGAUGAAUAAGUUGCUCCUGGCAAAACUCAAACACAGAAAGGAAGUGUACAGAAGGUGGAAGCAGGGACAGGUAACCUGGGAGAAAUACAAUGACACUGUCCGAGAUGUGGUUAGGAAAGCCAAAGCCCACCUGGAGUUGAAUCUGUCAAGGGAUGUCAAAUACAACAAGAAGGGCUUCUAGGAGAACAUAAAUAGCAAAAGAAAGGGGAGAUGUGGAUCCAUUGCUGAAUGGGGCAGGGGCAUGGUGACACAGGACAUGGAAAAGGUGUGGCAUUAAAAGGGCCACAUCAAUUGCUCUGAGAAUAUGAGGAAAAUCUGUUGUUGGCAAUGAUGGUAAUGACUAUGUGAAUAAAGUUUUACUGAUCUGUGCUCUACGGAGUAACUUAA